AUUCUCGUGAUCGGGUUGCUACGAAGAUCGGACGUGUUCGGUUUCAACCCGAUUCUAGCGAUCGGGAGGCUGCCACGAUCGGACGUGUUCGACAUAGAUUCUCGUGAUCGGGAGACUGCCACGAUGGAACGUGUUCGUUGGCCGGAAGGUGGUGGUGGUGGUGGUGGUGGUGGUGACGCGCAAUGUCGCCACGGUACGGUUCAGACGAAGCCAGCUAACGUAAUACUGGACGUUCAACAAUUCUCGCCGGAAGAGAUCACGGUGAAGACGGCCGGCAAUAACGUAAUCAUCGAAGCCAAACACGAGGAGAGGCAAGACGAGCACGGAUUCGUCAGCAGACACUUUGUACGCAGAUACGCGUUGCCCCCAUCUCACGAUGUGAUCAACAUUACCUCGAGCCUUUCUUCCGAUGGUGUAUUAACUAUCACGGCACCCAAAAAG